AUGGCUGUUACGCGAACUGUGAUCGGUGUGGAUGUUGGUGGAACAAAUACUGAUGCCGUUGUCAUAGAUAGAGGUACAGACAAAUUGACAGUCCUUUCACAUGCGAAAACUCUGACAACGGCAGAUGUUACCACCGGUGUUAAAGCAGCAAUUCAUCUCGGACUUUUGAACUCACGGAAGAAAAACCGUACUUUAUCCGUGCAACAAGUUAACAUUGGGACUACCCAUUUUAUAAAUGCGGUUGUAGAAGGUAAACAUUUAGCAAAGGUAGCUGUUAUUCGUCUGUGUGGCACUGCUUCGCGAAAAUUGCCUCCUUUCUGCGAUUUUCCUGAAAAAUUGGCCAGUAAAAUCAGAGGUAGUGUAUUCUUGUUGAACGGAGGAUACCAAUUUGAUGGUACAGAAAUAACGGAGAUAAACGAAAAAGAGCUUGAAAAUUGUGUUGAUAUAUUGAAAAGUAACGGUGAAAAGAACAUUGCAGUAUCCGGCAUCUUUUCACCUGUUAGAGAUGAACAGGAACGUCGAGUGGUCGACUUUAUUCGGAAACGUUUUCCUGAAGCAAGCGUUACUUCAAGUCAUGAAAUUGGAAAAAUAGGAAUGUUAGAGCGGGAAAAUGCUACAAUUCUAAAUGAGUGUAUUAAACCGCUUUGCCUUAGGACAAUCAAGGGAUUUCGUUCAGCUCUAGAUGAUUUAGGUUUGAAAUGUCCGCUGUACCUUACUCAGAAUGACGGUACGAUUUUGGAGGAAGAGAAAGCGCUUCGUUACCCAGUCUUUUCCUUUGCUUCCGGUGCUACAAAUAGCAUGCGUGGUGCUGCAUUUUUGACCGGCUUGAAAGAGGCAAUCGUAAUCGAUAUUGGCGGAACGAGUACCGAUGUUGGCGUUUUACUUAAAGGAUUUGCAAGGGAAGCAUCUACCGAGGUGAAAGUAGGCGGUAUAAGAACAAAUUUCCGUAUGCCUGACGUCAUAAGCAUCGGUUUAGGAGGAGGAUCAUACGUUACGCAUGUGAAGGUGAAAGGUCAAGAUCAAAUCGUUGUUGGUCCACAAAGUGCUGGUUAUUGUAUUGAUAGAGAAGCAUUUGUCUUUGCUCAGCCAGGUGAAAUUGGUGAUCGAGUUUUGACAGCAACUGAUGUUGCUGUUGCCUCAGGGAUCGCUAAUGUCGGUCUUAUAAGUAAUGUUAAGCAUUUAAAUAAAGAGGAAAUAAACGUGGCUGUUGAUAAAAUAAAAAGUAUGAUCACAGUAUGCGUUGACCAGAUGAGAUUCAACGAUAGAAAUUUGCCGUUAAUUCUUGUUGGGGGCGGAAGCAUUAUCGUCGACAGAAGCUGGAAGUUUGAUGGCAUAUCAGACAUUUUUCGCCCAGAAUAUUUUGAUGUUGCUAAUGCCAUAGGUGCGGCCUUAAGUCAGAUCUCAACAACCAAAGACCGAGUUGUUGACCUGGAAAAAUAUUUUGAUACGGAUGAAAUGAACCACCAAGUUUCAUGUAAGCUUAUAGAAUGUUCUGAAACUUCUGAGGAGAAAUCAGCGAUAAUAGAAAAAGUGAGAAAGACUUUCUUUCAAAGUGCGCGCGAAAAAGCCAUGCAAGAAUUACUGGAACUUGCGAAACAAGAAACUAUUGCAUCAGGGGCAGAUUCAAAUUCCAUUUGCCUUGUGGAAAAAGAUGAUAUUAGUUUGUCAUACAUUCCUGGAAAUGCAACUAGAAUAAAAUUGAAAGUUGUUGGAGAUCUGAAGAUUGGGUCGGAUUCAGAUAAAUUCGUGGUUCCAGAAUCGUUUUACAAUCAGAGACCGCCACAAACGGGUUUGCAGACAAAAAAGCAAACAAUCACAAAUACGGGCGUUAUUCUAUCUGAGGAUAGCAACAAACUAAAGAUAGAAACGCCAACAAUUGACAAAGACACCGGGGAAUGGCUACUAUCUGAGUACGACAUUGAAUGCAUUCAUAUUGGAGCAGGAAUUUUAGGCUGUGGUGGCGGAGGAAGUCCUCAUCUUGGACGUCUUUUAGCACUGAGAUCAUUACGCAGUGGGAAGAAAAUCCGUGUACUUACACCUUCCAGGUUUUACCAAAAUGCUCACCCAGAAAAUGAUUUAGUAUGUUCUGUAGCGUUUAUGGGGGCUCCAGUUGCGGUGUAUGAGAAACUUGUAGCCGGAAAUGAAACAACUGGUGCGUUGGCAUGUUUACAGGAUUUAUAUUGUGUCGGUGGUUAUAAAGAUGGAGACCUUACCAACAAAGAUGGGGUGGAUAUAGUAAAAGAGGAACAUGUUACAUAUAUUGAUGAUUACAAAGUGACUGCUGGGGAACAGUUGAGCAUGGGAGACAAGAGAUUAAGCGCAUUGAUGAGUGGCGAAAUCGGUGGAAUGAACGGUAUGGAACCUUUAGUCGUAGGUGCAGCCUUGGACCUCCCAGUACUAGACUGCGAUGGAAUGGGUCGAGCUUUUCCAGAACUGCAGAUGUUUACACCAUUUAUAUAUGGAAACAACCCUUACCCAGCAACGUUGGCAGACGACAAAGGUCGGCAUGCAGCAAUUUUGUAUGCUGACUCUCCAAAAAGUGUAGAAAAUCAUUUUCGAAAGGUUGUUAUCAAUAUGGGAUGUAGUGGAGGAACAGUUUUGUCGCAUUUUAACAAAGAUCGAGUCUUGUCGUCAACAGUUCUGCAUAGUACAAGUCAUGCAUGGCGCAUUGGGGAUACUAUCUUACGAGCUCGCACUGAAAAUACUUCACCUGUUGAUGAAGUCGUGAAAUUAGAACACGGGAAAAUUCUCGUCUAUGGUAAAAUUUCUGACGUUUUAAGGGAAACAACAGGUGGUUUCAACAAGGGCAAAUUUGUUAUUACUGGUCUUGACCAGUAUGCUGGCAAAACGAUUAAUAUAGAAUUUCAAAACGAAUUUCUUAUUGCAAGAGAAGUCAGCGAAGGAAAUCAUAAGCUGCUUGCAUGUGUCCCAGAUUUGAUCACGCUGAUGGAUGCAGAUACGGCACAGCCCAUUCAAACGGAAGAGCUAAGAUUUGGUAUCCGUGUUGCUGUUGUUGCUAUGCGAGCGUCACCAACCAUUAGUUCAGAGCAGGCCUUGAAAUUCGUUGGUCCACAAGCAUUUGGUUACGGUGCAGAUGUUCAAUACACUCCUCUUUGUGACUUUGUAGACGCCGGACCUAUUGGACCUAUGUGAAUGACCGGUACAUGUCAAUUACCCUAGGCAACAAGCCAGACUUAAAACUUGUUUUAUACGUGAACUUGAGAUGGAAAGUCGCACUGUACGUUUAUAUUUGUAAUGAUAAUUGAGCAUAUAGAUCUACAUGUGUCAAAAAAAAUUUGUUCUUGAGUGGUGAUAACUUAUUUUACAUGGUUUAUGCAUACCCAUGAUCGAGUUAAUCUUUAUUUCAUAGAUAAUUAAUGUAUUGACAUCAACGCUAUACAAGUAUACAAAACAUUGCUGAUGUGUUGGAUUAACAUUGCAUUUUUGAUUUAGCCCUAAACUACAUAUAGCAACUAUGUAAUACCUUAUUUUUAAUUUAUUAUUAUGCAAACUAUAAAUUUGAGAAUACAUGUAUUUGGCAACAGAAUGCUUGAUGUUAAUAUGAACUUUUAUUUUUUGAUUUAUAAAGUAAAUGAAGUUUGCCUAUCAUAACAAAAUUAAGUUGUUUUGUGAUGUUACGGCCGUGAAAUAUUAAAUAGAUUCUUCUACAAAAAAAAGUAUUAUUAUUCGUCAAUUUUGUAAAAUCCAAAAUUAUCCCAAUAUGAAGAGUCCAUCAGACAUGGUAAUCGCUAUUCGCCCGGUUAGAUGGCGCCGAAACAGGAACGAUAAUUUUGGUAUUCCUCGGGUGUUACAAACUUAAAAGCAACACCAAGGGCCAAAACCCCUCAUCUGUUUGAGCUUU